AUGCAGCCGGGCUGCACGAAGAAGGGCGCGAUCAAGCUGGGUUUGAUGACACGUGCCCGCGGGUACAAGAACCCACUGGCGAUCGCCCGCAGACUGGAGUGGCUGCACGGUGGUAUCAAGGACCAUUCGUCCAUGGCCGGGUCUGGACGUAAAGCAAAUGAAUCCGGGAUUCACCAGAAGAAGCAACGGCGCAAAAACAACACGCUGUGCAAGUCUCGGUGCGGGGCCGAGACCCUUCAAAUGGCCAUCGAGACGUUGAACGUCUUGCCACGAGCCUGUGCUGGGUAUCAGUACAAGAAGAUGGUGUUGGAGAACCCUCCGACCAAUACGUCGGAGUUGACCUCGCUUCCAACCAUGAACUGGAAGCGAUUCGCAAAGGACCUGUACGAUGAACGCAUCGAACAGCUAUGCAUUCUUUCGGACCGUGACAGAAUGACAAACGAAGCAAAGGCGUUGAGACAACUCUUCAUUGGUAGUGCCAGUGAGAGUGAAGGUGCUCUCAGUACCAAGACGAAAAAGGAACGUUUCGAAGUGCAGAGUUUGGACUCACCGAAGUCGAGUCCCUAUUACGAGAUUCUGCGAGAGCACAGAGAUGCGCUCCUGGAUGAGAUCUCUGCGGGGCUACCGGAGGACAAGGGAAUAGGUCACAAGGCAGGAAAAGUGCAGGAAUCAAAGUCCACGCACAGAGCACCGACGUUCUGUGUCCAGACGUCACCGGGUGGUUGGCGCAUCGUUCACGCGUGA